GGUCUAUUGACAACUCGACAGCAGACGAAGUUUGUCUUUAUUAAUUUUUUUGCCUUUUUUUUUACGUCAUGGCGAGGCUCCGAGGCUGUUAAUUAUUUUUUCAGUGUCUUUAAUUAUUUGUGGACCAGCGUGACGGGUUGUUAGGGCGCGGCAACCCACAGAAGGCCUUGAAAUGUGUGCGUGACAAAUUGACAGGCAGGUGACAGCCAAUUAGACAGACUGAAGGAUGGACGUCGCUGGCCUGCGCAAGAAGCUGGAGGCUCACGGCCAAGAGCACCUCCUACAGUUCUGGGAUGACCUGAGUGAGGCCCAGCGCAAGUCUCUCUAUGGGGACCUGAGCGAGCUGGACUUGGAGGAGGUGUGCGGGUUCUACAAGCGCACGGUGUCGUCGCUGAAUGAGGAACAGACCAAGCUGGAUGAGCGCAUGCAGCCCAUCCCCGCUGAGAUGCACGGCUCCGUCACCCGCACGCCCCUGGAGAAGAUCACCAACUAUGAGGAGGCGGGGCUUGCGGAGGUCAGUGAGGGGCGCGUUGCCGUCCUCCUGCUAGCGGGGGGUCAGGGCACGAGGCUGGGCGUGGACUACCCCAAGGGGAUGUACAACGUGAAGCUGCCCUCCGCCAAGACCCUCUACCAGCUCCAGGCAGAGAGACUCCUGCGCCUCCAACAGCUGGCUAAGGAGAAGUUUGGGAAGUGCGGUGACAUCCCCUGGUACAUCAUGACCUCAGAGCACACCAAGGAGCCUACCAUGGACUUCUUUGCGCGCCAUCAUUACUUCGGCCUCCAGAAAGAGAAUCUUGUGGUGUUCGAACAAGGUAUGCUUCCGUGCUUCACUUUCGACGGCAAGAUCAUUCUCGAGGCUCCCUGCAAGAUCGCCCGCGCCCCCGACGGCAAUGGGGGUCUCUAUCGCGCUCUCAGGGAAAGGAACGUGCUGGAGGACAUGGAGCGGCGUGGCAUCCAGUACAUCCACGUCUAUUGCGUCGACAACAUUCUAGUCAAGAUGGCCGACCCUAUCUUCAUCGGCUACUGUCUCUCGAAGGGUGCCGAUUGUGGAGCUAAGGUGGUGGAGAAGGCCUUCCCUACCGAGGCUGUGGGCGUGGUGUGCAAGGUGGACGGGAUUCACCAGGUCGUGGAGUACUCGGAGAUCACCCUCAAGACGGCGCAGAAGAGGAACCCUGAUGGCAGACUCACAUUCUCCGCUGGCAACAUCUGCAACCAUUACUUCACCACAGAGUUCCUCAAGAAAGUCGUGCUUGAUUACGAGACGAGCAUGAUGCACCACGUGGCCAAGAAGAAGAUUCCCACCGUCACCACCGAGGGCAAGACCAUCAAGCCUGAGAAGCCGAACGGAAUGAAGAUGGAGAAGUUUGUGUUCGACGUUUUCCAGUUCUCAAACACUCUGGCCGUCUGGGAGGUUAUCCGCGAGGACGAAUUCGCGCCCCUGAAGAACGGCGACGGAGCGGAGAAGGACACACCCACCACCUGCCGCCACGCCCUGUUCUCACUCCACCACCGCUACCUCCUCAACGCUGGCGGCACACUGGUGGACUCUGAGGGGGAGCCACUUCCGCUGAUCCCAAGGCCAGACGAGAGGGCCAAGCCAGAGACUGAGAGCCCCGCCGCAGCCCCCAAAUGCCCCGAAAACGCAAACACCGAAUUCAAUAACAAUUACGACCGCAAGGAACUCCGAUGGGAUGAAUGCCCUGUGGUUGUUGAAAUCUCGCCGCUGGUCUCGUACGCCGGUGAGGGUCUCGACAAGCUGGUGGCCAACAAGAAAUUCACCUGUCCGCUUGUCAUCAACGAACCGGCGCAGAAGAUUGAGGUGUAGCGCGCUCUAUGGCGUUUACGAACCACGACUCACUCACGCACGCACGCACUCACUUACCUGUUUCGUACUUAAUGUUUUUGGUCUCCUUGCUGGGAUGGUUGACUGAGGUGCGCGUGCUAUCCGUAUGUGUGUGUGUGUGUGUGUGUGUGUGUGUUAGUUAUUCCGCGCUUCAUUUUUGAAGUGUCGACAAAUUCCCGGCGUUUAUGAUUUUUUGUUUCCUUUUCCGUUCCUCGUCAUCUCUAUUCUUGUUCUUCUUCAAUUCUUCUUCUUUAUUUUUUUCAUUAUUUUCUGAUUAGGUUUCGUUAGAUUUAGUCUCCCCUUAAUUUAGCUUCAUUUUCUCUUAUUCUUUUUCUCUCUCACUCGUGUGUACGUAUAUUCGUGAACACAGAGUAGGUACACAUAGACUGCCACUAGAUGUAUGCAUGUAUGUACUUAAACCUAUGUGCGUAUGUGUGUGUGUGUGUGUAUGGCUACUCUCACACACACACACACACACACUUACACAAACACACUCAAUAUUACCUUCUCUCUCUCUCUUUUCCUUCCUUACAACCCUUCUCUCUCUCCCUCCUUUCUUCCUUCUCUCUCUCUCUUUUUCAUUCUCUCUCUCCCUUCCUUACAACCCUUCUCUCUCUCCCUCCUUUCUUCCUUCUCUCUCUCUCCUUCCCUCCCUCCCUUUCCUCCAUCUCUCCCUCUCUUCCUCUCUCUCCCUCUCCCUCGACCCCAAUAUCCCAAACCUUUCCGAGAUAAUAUUUUUGUAGUGAACCUUCACCUUUUCCGACACCAGCCGAAGUCCCAGAAAUUUCACCACUCGAUUUUUGGCCGAGGAAGUUGCUCAAGCCUCCCUCUCUCACUCGCUCGCACCCCAGAGUUGAUCGCACGCACUCCACUCCCCCGCUCUCUCAUCAGCCUAUCAGAGAAAACGUGUGUGAAUGUUUUUAUGUGGUAGACUAAUGUAGUUUUAUCUCCUCUGCAUUUCUUCCGUACAUACUUCAUUCUAAUUCUUCUAUUCCUUCCUUCCUUCCUUCCCUGGUCUGUGUCUCGUGUCAAUGGCCGUCAACAGUAGUCAUAGGUGCAAUAUAUAUGUAACUGUUAUGUAAGUGGCUGCCCAGUGCCCUUGACAAGCCUAACAUUUCGCUCUCUACAUUGUGCGGUUUACGGUACGUCCGGCAGCUUGUUUUACGCAGGUCUGUUUACGUGUGUGUUUGUAAUGUACGCCAUUGCAGUGACUGAUAGGUGGUGCUCCUUACGAGGCUUACGAUUGGGUUACGUUUGAAGUAAUCUGUCGUGAGUCCGUAAAAUCGUAAGUUCUGAAAUAUCGUAAAUUGUAAAUAUCCAAAGUUUGUGAAUAUGCAGUAAUAAUAAUGAUAAAAAACAAGAAAGUGAAUGUUAAAAUGAAAGAAGAUGAGAUGGACCAAAAUAAAAAAAGAAAAAGAAUGAAAUAAUAAUAAUAAUAAUAAUGAUAAUAAUAAUGAUAACUGCAAUGGUGUAUAAGAACAGACUCGGACACACCCUAGACACACCACAUGGAUCAUUGUCAAGCGCACUGAUGUCGUUUUGCCGAGGAAAGAACACACACACACACACACACACACACACACACACACACACACACACACACACACACACACACAUGAUUCUCUCUCACAGUGUUAAAACAGGGAUAAAGGAAAGGUUUGUAAGAGUUUCGAUGCUGCACAUAUCGGGUUAAAAAUCGACUCCUUAUGACUUUAUACUUUGUUAAAUUGAAAAGCGCUAUACUGAUUAGAUAGGGAAAAUGCCCUUCAAUGUUUUGUAUAAUUUGUAAUGGGAUGAGAAUAUGCAGAAACAGACCUUGAAAUAUUAGAGUAUGACCCCCUUAAGGCUAUACGAUGUUAGGUUGAUCUGUAAAUAAACUAAGAAGAUACAGAAAAGAGCCUCGAUUUUAAAGAUAGGAAAAUGCCCUUCUGUGUUUAGUAUAAUUUGCAAUGGGGUGAGAAUAUGCAGAAACAGACCUUGAAAUAUUAGAGUAUGACCCCCUUAAGGAUAUACGAUGUUAGGUUGAUUUGUAAAUAAACUAUAAGGAUGCAGAAAAGAGCCUUGAUUUUAAAGAUUCUAACCCCCUGUGUUAUGUUAUUCUGUAAUAGACUAAUAACAUGCAGAAAGCCCCUUAAUUUUAAUAGUCGAACCUCUUAAAAAAUGGCAGUCAAGUAAAAAUCAGAUACGAAAUUGUUAAAGAAAUUGAUAGAAGAAUAUAUUAAGCCUACAUUCAUAUAUUAGCAAGGCCUCAUUUUCCUGUAUUUCAAAAGGGUGGAUGCAUUUGGAAUUCCCUGAGAAAAAUAACAUGCGCAUAUGAGUUUUCCGUCGACACUUAAGUUGUUAAAGAAAUUGAUCAAAGAAUAUAUUUAGCUUAGUUUUAUAUAUUAGCAAGACCUCACUUUCCUGUAUUUCAAGGGGGGGGGGGGGGGGUCAUAGUUCACCAAAAUAAAGAGCAUUCAUAUAAGUCUUCUGUCGACACUAAAUUGUUAAAGAAAUCGACAGUGAAUUAAAUUUAGCCUACAUUUAAAUAUUAACAAAGCCUCAUUUUCCAUAUAUCAAAAGGGCGGUUGCAUUCGUAAUUCCCCGAGAAAUAACAUUCACAUAAGUGUUUUCAAAGGGGUGGUUGCAUUCGUAAUUCCCCAAAAGAAAUAACAUUUGUAUAAGUGUUUUCAAAGGGGUGGUUGCAUUCGUAAUUCCCCAAAAGAAAUAACAUUUGCAUAAGUGUUUUCAAAGGGGUGGUUGCAUUCGUAAUUCCCGAGAGAAAUAACAUUUGCAAAAGUCUUUCCCGUCGCUACAAAAUAGUUAAAGAAUUUGACUUUUCACCCGAGUAUGUGUGGCAUGCGUUUUGAUUUUAAUUAUAAGUUUCCGACACUGUUUUUUUGAUAAGUUUUCGAGUUGCACGAAGGGAAAUAAAAAGAUUGUACAUAUAGAUAUCGGAAAGGGUUGUAAAUUUUGUAUUUUUUAUCAUUAUUGUUAUUUCUAUUAUUAUUUUUAUUAGAGAUGAAAUUUAUAUAUUCUCAGAGAUGUAAUAUUUCGAUUUUAUUCUCUUUUUGUUAGUUUUCGAGUUUGGAACGAAAUGAAAGGAAAAAAAAUAAUGUUGAUUGAAUGUGAAUUUUUAUUGUUGCCUUUUGUUAUGAAUAAAUUAAUAAAGAAAAAAAAAAGGAAAAUAAUUAAAUGAAAAAAUAAGAAAAGUAAAUAAGCAAGAAAUAAAACAAGAAGUUACGAGAGGAUCAGAAAUAGGCAAGUCUUUGGUGAGCGCUCGGGUACAGAAGAGGAGCAUUCGACAGGGUAUGGCACUUUCGACUUGGGAUACUUACAAUCUGGGAUGUUGUUGAUUUACAAUAUCUUCAACUUACAAUAUUUUCAAAACGGAUAAAAGAAGUUAAGAAAUCAAAUAAAGAACCUAAUAAGCAUAUGAGAAAUUACAUAAAAAGUCUAUAUUUUUAAACUUAUCCACGCGGACCACAUUUCCCCUGUUAGAAAAGCCUCCUGUCGAAAUUGCUGAGCUUUCCAUGGACUGUUUUGUGACCCCGGUGAUAGUUUGACACUUCCUCCGCACCUUGAACGAUCGGAAACCAUCUUAAAACAUAGUCGCAAUGGGGUCAGAGGCGUUAAAGAAGUUGCUAGGCUUUCCACGGACUGUUUUGUGACCCCAGUGAUUAUUUGACACUUCCUCCGCACCUUGAACGAUCGGAAACCAUCUUAAAACAUGGUCGCAAUGGGGUCAGAGGCGUUAAAGAAGUUGCUAGGCUUUCCACGGACUGUUUUGUGACCCCAUGAUAGUUUGACACUUCCUCCGCACCUUGAACGAUCAGAAACCAUUUUAAAACAUAGUCGCAAUGGGGGUCAGAGGCGUUAAAGAAGUUGCUAGGCUUUCCACGGACUGUUUUGUGACCCCAGUGAUUGUUUGACACUUCCUCCGCACCUUGAACGAUCGGAAAGCAUCUUAAAACAUAGUCGCAAUGGGGUCAGAGGCGUUAAAGAAGUUGCUAGGCUUUCCAUGGACUGUUUUGUGACCCCAUGAUAGUUUGACACUUCCUCCGCACCUUGAACGAUCGGAAAGCAUCUUAAAACAUAGUCGCAAUGGGGGCAGAGGCGUUAAAGAAGUUGCUAGGCUUUCCACGGACUGUUUUGUGACCCCAGUGAUAGUUUGACACUUCUCCGCACCUUGAACGAUCGGAAAGCAUCUUAAAACAUAGUCGCAAUGGGGGUCAGAGGCGUUAAAGAAGUUACUAGGCUUUCCAUGGACUGUUUUGUGACCCCAGUGAUUGUUUGACACUUCUCCGCACCUUGAACGAUCGGAAACCAUCUUAAAACAUAGUCGCAAUGGGAGUCAGAGGCGUUAAAGAAGUUGCUAGGCUUUCCACGGACUGUUUUGUGACCCCAGUGAUUGUUUGACGCUUCCUCCGCACCUUGAACGAUCGGAAACCAUCUUAAAACAUAGUCGCAAUGGGGGUCAGAGGAGUUAAAGAAGUUGCUAGGCUUUCCAUGGACUGUUUUGUGACCCCUUUGACCCUUCCUCCGCACCUGGAACGGGAAAAUCACCCACGAAUACCCGGUUAAUCCUCCCCGUGGCCUUGGGAAAUGGUUGUAAUGGGGGCCAGAGAUAUUUAAUAAUGUGGAUGUUAAAAGUUAUAAGAAAGUUGUGGUGUGUUUAUGCAAGAUUGAUUGUUCUAUGCACCUGUGGCACGUAAUAAAGAUUGUCUGCAAGAUA